GAGGAUAAGAAGUUCUACAGUGCUUAGUGCUUCGAAUGGAUAUGGCUUAUCAGCUCCCCACAGAAGAAGUAGCCCGUCUAUAAGUUAGCGUUGGUCGAGGUUUUGUGGCUGCCAUUAGUGACGCGGGGAAGUGGAUGGAAAGAUAUGGACCCCAGCCAUAUUCCACACCCUCCCCCAAAUAUGCGAACCCGAUGGACUACUCCAAUUUGUUUUCUCCUCAUACUCGGAAGACCGGUAAACGCACAGCUGAGUAUGAAACUAUCAUUGUCACAACUUCAUUUCUUCCUUGUAUAGUUUCGCAAUGUCUCCUCCCCGUAAACGCGUGAGGAGAACUUUCUCAGCAUGCUGGACAUGCCGUCGGCGACGAGUUAGAUGCGACGGCGUUGUGCCGGGAUGCACGCCAUGUCGGAAGCACAGCGUGGCAUGCGAGGGAUACAGCGUCGAAUUGGUUUGGGUCGACCCUUCCACAGGGAAAUAUCCGCCUUUAUCUCGACGGUCACUUGACUCAGCUCAUACGUGGGAUGGCUGGCCAAUCCUGGAUGACGAGCAGCUAGAAAGGCUGAUCGAUGGAGAUAUUAACGGUAGCGGAACGCAGAUAGGCCAGCUUGAGGCGAAUCCCUUUACGGUAUUUGAGACCUCCAAUAACCACACAAGUCCUAAAAACUCCCCAUACGAAGACCUCGUUCAACCGCAUCAUCGUGUCAACAGAAGAGAUAUCCAUGAGGAGUCAGAAUUGUCAGAAAAAUCAGAUUGUGCUCUCUUCGACGAAGGCGUAUAUGUUGGCAAUUUCCCAUUCGACGAAUUAACAUGCUUGGAACCUUUUUCUGACACCGUGGAUCUUCAUCGGCAUUCAUCGAUUACCCUUGAUUCGCCCAUAUUAUUGGACACAUUGGACUGUCUCCCGGAUCUGUACGCACGUUGUGAGGAAGAACUCGCAAAUUUGGGUAAUGAAAUACGAGAUGUAACGGACAGCAUCGCGGCUUUGCCUAAGAAAAGUCAAGUACCCCGCUCAAUUUUGCCGAUACCGAAUACUUUCCGGUCGAACUCAGACGACGCUGCAGUAUUCUAUCAUUAUAUGACUUGGGUGGCGCGCGCCGCUGAUGGUUCCGGUUGAUGAUGCGGACAACCCGUGGAAAUCAGUGUAUCCGUCCACAGCUUUACAGGAUACAUCACCGGCGUCUUGCGCUCUAUACCAUGCGAUAUUGGCGCAGGCAGCCUUCAAUCUAGCAAAUUUAUAUGGCGAUACGAAUGACGAUGGUCCAAAGAA